UACGGCCAGGUGCGCCGAGAUCAGACUAUCUCCACAAACGAUCACAGAUAAAUAAAUACAAAUUAUGCCAGCAUCUCCGAAAGAUUUCAUGCCAGGUGUUCCAGACUGGAGUACCGUACAUGAACCCACAGGAAAGCUCUUCAAUCCCAUAAAGGAUAAAUCAGAAUGGAGCAAAUUCCUGUUCAGCGAUGAUCAGGUGGAGAAGUUCUGGGAGGAUGGUUUUCUUCUGAAUGUCCCUCUGUUGUCAGAAGAAGACUGUGAUAAGAUUUUGACGGAUUACCAAUAUUUCACAGGUGAAAACCAACAUAAUGGAAUGGGUAUGUUGUAUGAAUACCAUAGCAACCAGAGUGGUGAUGCUAACAAUGUGUUAAUGCAUUGUCUGGGGCAUUGGAGGUUGACUGAGCUCUUCCAUGAUCUGGCAUUCCUCCCUCAAGUUGUGGUUCCUGGUUCACAACUGCUAGUUCAGAACAAGACAACGCCUGUACGUUUCUGGCAUGACCAACUGUUCGCGAAGCCAGCAAAGCAUGGAGGUGUAGUUGCCUGGCACCAAGAUUUUUCUUAUUGGACCAGAACAACUCCCAUGAUGCACCUCACAGUCCAUAUUGCUCUGGACAAUCAGACAGAGGAGAAUGGAGGUCUCUACUAUGUCCCAGGAUCUCACAGAUGGACAAGAAAUGGAAAUCCUCUUCCUGUGACUGACUUUAAUUUUGCAGAUAUGGAAUCCAUACAGACUAUCCUUACAGAGGAGGAAAAACUGCAGUUUAAACCAGUGUGUGGAAAACUCCGUAAAGGUCACGCAAGUUUUCACCAUGCUCUAGCUGUACACGGAUCUUACGGAAACAGGUCUGAUGGACCAAGACGGGCAGCAGUUUUGAACUAUUUUGCAGAUGGAGUGAAAUCAAGCACCAAUGAAGAGUUACUUAAAGACAUUAAAAUUCCAAAGGGUGAAAAGAUGGGCGGUCAGUUUUUCCCAUUGGUGUUUGACCCAUCAUGGAUGUCAUGACAUUCAUCUGGCAUGUGUUGUGUUGUGUUAGACUGACAUGCUGAUACAGGGCAAAUCUUGUGAUUAAAUGAUUAAAACCGAUCAAUUUUUAAACAGAUAUAACAUUGAGAUAAUCUUUUAUCACAAAGAUAAUUGAUCCAAGCAGAUUUCCAUUUUAUUCCGAUAUGCCUGAAGCCAUAGCUCUACUUUACAUCUGUGGCGUGGGAGACCACAGCCACUAACAAAAGACAAAUAUCUGGUGAAAUCCUUGCGUUGGAAGUAUCUUUUAUCUCAUGACAAUAAUUCACAUUGAAAACAGAUUUAUAGUUUUAACAAGCAUUCUGAGUAUUGCUAAAGUAAUACAUGCUAUUACACUGUAAGAAUUUAUAAAGAUGCUUGGUGUUAAUUAGG